CUUCAGCCUGCUGGAGAAACGCCAGCCCCUCAAUAGGUGGGCAGAAGCAGAGAGGAUUUAUUCCGAGAGGCAGCCCGGUCCGGCAGAGAUGGAGCCCUCCCAGGACCUGUAUGAGACCCCUGCAGACAGGCUGGAUGCCUUCGUGGAGCAGAGCCUUCAGCCCCACCCGGAAUGGAAGGAAGAAGUGCAGGAUGCCUGGCAGAGAAGCGAGCGGUUCUUGAGGAAUCAUUGCUUCCGGGAUGAGCUGGUUGGAGACCAAGAAGUCAGGGUGCUGAAGGUGGUGAAGGGUGGCUCCUCUGGGAAGGGGACGACGCUGAACCACAGCUCCGAUGUGGAUUUAGUCCUGUUCCUGAACUGCUUCUCCAGCUUCCAAGACCAGGCACAGCUCCGUGGAGUCAUCAUCAGCCUCAUCGAGGACAAAUUGACUCACUGUAGCAGGAGCCUGGCCUACAACAUCACCCUGGCCCAGCAGAGAGAGACGACCAGGGUCCCCCGCUCCCUGUCCUUCCAGGUCCAGGCCAGGAAGAGCAGUGAAAUCAUUGGAGUGGAUGUGCUCCCCGCUUUCGAUGCUCUGAGAAAUUUUUGCCCGGACUCUAAACCACCACCGGAAAUCUAUGAAAACUUGAUAACCACCUACGGCUGCCCUGGGGAGUUCUCACCAAGCUUUACGGAGUUGCAGAGGCACUUUGUGAAAAGUCGUCCUGCUAAGCUGAAGAGCCUGCUGCGGCUGGUGAAGCACUGGUACCUGAAGUACUUGAAACGUAAAUAUCGAAAAGCAGCAUUGCCCCCAAAAUAUGCAUUGGAGUUACUGACUAUCUACGCCUGGGAAAUGGGUACAAACGAAAAUGAGAAUUUCAACCUGGAUGAAGGGUUUAUAGCUGUGAUGAAACUCCUCAGAAAUUAUGAAGACAUCUGCAUAUAUUGGACCAAGUACUAUGAUUUCAAAAAUGAGGUUGUCAGAAUCUUUAUCAAAAAACAGUUGAAGGAACGCAGGCCUGUUAUCCUGGACCCAGCUGAUCCCACCAACAACCUGGGAAGGGAAAGGAGGUGGGACCUGGUGGCUAAGGAAGCCAUUUACUGCCUGAGGCAGGCUUGCUGCUGGACUGAAGACCCCAGCCAAGGCUGGCAUGUACAGCCAGCAAGGGAUGUCCAGGUGAUGGUGAAACAGAUGCGGCAGGAGUCCUGGACACUCUCAGUGGAUCCCUACAACCCCAUCUGGAAGAUGAAAACAAAGAUCAAGAAGACAUGUGGCCUCUUCGGGCAGUUGCGUCUCUCCUUCCAGGAGCCAGGAGAAGAUCGGCAACUGCUCAGCAGCCGGCGGACCCUGGCAGAUUACGGGAUCUUCUCUAAAGUGAGCGUCUGGGUGCUGGAGACCUUCUCUCCUGAGAUCCAGGUCUUCGUGAAGGACUCCAGCGGCCAGACCAAGACUUAUGCCAUCGACCCUGAUGACACCAUCCGUGACUUGAAAGAGAAGAUUGAGGAGGCUGGAGGACCUUACGUGGAGAAUCAGAUACUAAGGUUCCAGGGUCGGAAGCUUUGGAAUCAUCGCAGCCUCUCAGACCUGCAGAUCGAGGACUGUGACACCAUCAUGCUCGUUAGGAAAGGCCACAGUUCUCCAGGAAUGCCAUGAUCACGCAGUUCAUGAUGUAGACUUCUCUGGUCCUGUCCUCCCAGCCCACCUCUUUCUACUCAGACCACUGUGCUCCUUCUGAAGCAUAUGAACCUUCCACUCCCCUGCUUAAAAUCCUCCAAUGGCUCCUAUUACCUACAGAAUAACGUUCAAGUUCCUUUGCUUGGCAUCAGGGGCCUUGACAAUUUA